AUGUCUAUGUCAGGACGUCCCAACACGGUGCGAUUGGUGCUCCUCGGAGCGGCGGGGGUCGGGAAGAGCGCGCUCAUCCGCCGUUUCCUCCACAACCGCUUUGAGCUCAAGUACACGCGCACAGUGGAGGAGCUUCACGUCCUGGAGUACGACACCGCUGGGUCCGGGAAGAUGCAUCUGGAGAUCCUGGACACGAGCGGCAGCUACUCGUUCCCGGCCAUGCGGGAGCUCUCCAUCCGACACAGUGACGCUUUCGCCCUGGUGUACGCUGUGGACGACCCGGGGUCCUUCGAGGAGGUGCGGCGGCUCCGAGACGAGAUUCUGGAGCUGAGGGGCGGUAAGCGUGCGCCCAUCACAGUAGUUGGCAGCAAAGGAGAUCUCACCGAGACCGAAGGUCGCGUGCUGCUGGCGGGUGAUGUCAUGGCUACAGUGGAGGGCGAAUGGGACGCCAACUUCGUGGAGGCGUCCGCGCGCACAGGUGGAAACACGGUUGGAGUUUUCCGCGCGCUGCUGCAACAGGUGGACCUGCCGCACCGGCUGAGUCCUGCGUUGUGCAGGCGGAGAGACACGGUGCCCAGCCCUGCAGCCAAGAAGAGGCCACCACUGAAGAAGAACAACAGCUGUGUCCUGUCAUAA